AUGCGCCACCACCUCACCACCAUCUCCCUCCUAUCCCUAUCCCUAACCCUAUCAUCAACAGCAACCGCCGCCUCCACCAUCGCCAACAUCCACCCUGUCUUCCACAAUACCUGCCCUCCCUCCCCACCACCACCACCAUCACCAGUACUACUAUCCCCCCGCGCCCACCAACACAUUCCCCUCCAACUCCACGAAGGAACAUGUCACCCAAUCCCCAUAACAUCCACGCAUGUAUCCUUCGAUACACAGAUCGAGCAAUUCGUAUCGCCUGCUCCUAAUGGAGAGGAUACCAACAAGGAUAUCGAAGAAGGAGGGGUAAUACCCCAACUUUGCAACGUGACCAUGCAUGAACAGCCCGGGUGCGUGGAUGAGCCGUUCCUUGCGCAAAGUGUCCAUGCGGGGGAGUUUGGUCAGUGGGUGGGGAGUGAGUGUGCUGAACAUCAUUAUCCUCGUCCUCGUCCGAAGUAUCCGAUUGUUAGGGGGAGGUAUCCUCGGAGUGAAGGGGAUGGGGUUGGGAAGGGGAAGGGGAAUGUGUGGGUGUUGUUGGAGUGUGCGGAUGCUUAUCCUUCUGAAGAUGUUCAUGGUGUCAAUCAGGUUGAAGGUACUGGUGUUGGUGAUGCUGCGCAGCAGCAGCAGCAGGAUAAUAAGAAAGAGGAUAAAAUGGGAAGUGUUACGCAUGGGGGUAUGGUCAGCGCAACAUCUGAACCGGGUGCGAAUGGGACCACAAGUGCAGGGAAUAGCACGUUGUCUGGCUCUUCAUUGCAUGCUGCGAUGAGUAACAGCACGGGAGUCAACAGCACGUCUACUUUAGUGCAUGCUCCGCUGAACCAGACGGUGUCGUGGAGGUUGAUGCCUCGGAGGAAGAGGGGGAGGUUCUCGAUUUACUGAUGGGGUUUGUUUCGG